AUGGGGAUUUUCUCUCGCGACACCAUCACUGAUUUCGUGCGAAGGGGGGACCUCGACGGUGUGCGUCGUCGCUUGGAGUUGGGCGACAACGUGAACGAGCGCCGAGGGUUCCACAACACGCCGUUGAUCGAGGCCGCACGGUACAAUGUGGUGGACAUCCUGGAGCUGCUCAUAGCGAGCGGAGCGGACCUCGAGCUAACCAACUCGAACGACCUCACGGCGCUCCAUGCAGCGAUCGACGAGAAGAGAGAAGCCACAGCCAUCGCAUUGGCGCAACAUGGCGCGUGUGCGAACAACGUCGGGCUCUUUGGUCGGACGCCGCUUCAGUGUGCAGUUAUUAGGGAAAUGCUGGAGGUCACUGAGGUCCUUCUAGCGCACGGAGCCGAUCCCAUGGCCGAGAGCGACUCUGCUAAGAUCGCCAUGGACUACGUUCGCGCUGGCCCGAACUGUGAUGAAUUCGAGAGAUUAUUAAACGCCUACACAAGUCUUGAUGGAGCUAUUGGAGCCAUGAACGCAGAGGCCAUAGCGGUGUGUUUACGGGAGAAAUUGACAGGGAGCAGAGCUGGCAAAGCGUCGGCUAUUGACGCAGCUAUUCAACUCAAACAUACAGAAGCAGUCACGAUCAUUCUCCAGAUGUCCUUGGCUUCUGACACGCUGGUGGAGAUGGUCGAGAUGCACAAGACAGUCGAACGAGGACUCGGACAAUGUGAUGACAAAGACUGGCGACAAGAGCUGAGAAAUCUCGGUGAAGACUUUGGGAGAGGCGUAUUGGCGCUACUGAUGGACUCAGUGGAGAUUGACAGGAAUAGUAAAGUUUCGUGGCUGCUACGGGAACACAUCAAGCAGCGCGCAUUCUGGGAGCGCGCGACGCUGAUCUUAAGUGCUGCUAAAGUUACAGUGACAAGAUUACGCCAACUGCUGGGUCUGAUGACCAGCGUCUAUGAUCUUCAAGUCAUCUUUGGUCUCGGGUUCCGGGCCCUCAAUGUUGGGGAGAUGCACACGAUCCUCUCGGAAGCUUUCGACGAAGUUAUUCGAGCCAAACUUAUCACUGACAACCCAGCCGCGUCGUUUUUCCAACUGGCACUUCGACAGUGCACACGUGAUAAUUUCAUUACCGAGGUGGAGCAGAUGAAAUGGGACCUCAAAGCGACCAAAGUGAAGAGAGAAACGUCAGUCUGGGAUCGCGAAAUCAAGCGCUCGUUGCUGGAGGCUGCGUGUGCUGUGAGGAAAGCGGAGAGGACUACUACGCUGCUGCACAGGCAGUUUAGCCUGCUACGGGAAGCGCUUCAAGAAGAACAGUGCACGAUGAAGCAGCACACGCGUCAGUGGUACAUUUCUCUUCUUUCCGUGGCCCUGAUGUUGUGCGGGGGCUUGGCUUACAACUUCGGCUCUCUGCUCGAUAUGAGCGACCCAGCGAAGCUGUUGACCGUACUGAGCGCAGGCGACGUGGAGAAUUUCCUCGGAGAGACAACGAGCACAUUCGUAUUUAAGCCUGACGUUGAAGCAGUACUGGUUCAGUCGGCUGUUGCUCCGAUGGAAUUCGCACUCACUCUCCGACAUCUUGUAAGACUGGAGCAAGCUGAAAGCAGAGGCACCAAGUCUUCCACCUGUGAAUCUUCCGAAUGUGAAAGCUUCGACUCCAGCAAAGACGUCUUGGAUGCACCUUAA